AGGGGAAUGGUUUUGGGGUCGAUGAUUGAUAGCUAUGGUUGCUUCGUGGGGAUUGUGUUUCAGCAUUGUUUUUUCGGCGUCGAAGACCGCCACAGUCUUAGUCCGGCACGAUCUUGUCUUUGUAUGUUCCCGCCAUCAAGUCAUAGCCUUCCACUUCCGCAACCCGGCCGACACGGCACGACACGGCACGGCACGCUUCAUCUUCAACACAUUUUCAACCCAACCUCUUCAACAACAUGGUCAUGAUGAGGAACGCUGGGCCUUCAAAUGUGCGCGAAGAAAAUGGCAAAAAUGACAAGCAAGCAUUACUUGUGGCUCAAGAAAUUUCAUUUGCGAAAGUUCUUGCUGGAAAUGAUAAAAAAUUAAGAGACAGAGGUGUGAAACGCCUUCGCAAGUGGCUUAUGGCUCGCUCAAGAGGGGACACUGAUCUGAAGAAAGGAGAUUUUAAACGAUUAUGGAAAGGUUUAUUUUAUUGUAUGUGGAUGGCUGACAAACCAUUGUUUCAGGAAGAACUUGCUGAGACAAUAAGCUCAUUGAUUCAUUGCUUUCAACACACUGGUCCUGCUAUCAAAUUUAUUGAAGGUUUCUUCAUAACUAUGUCUGCUGAAUGGAAAGGCAUUGACCAGCAUCGCUUAGAUAAGUUCCUGAUGUUUGUUCGUAGGUUUCUCAGGCAAUGUUUAGUGUUCAUGAAACAGGAAGAUUGGAAUAUUGAAAUAGUUGAAGCAGUGUCUUCAGUUUUUCAAAUGACUUUGUUACCUGAUCACUUAAAUCUUGUAAAGAUUCAACCACCCUUAGGCCUUGUCAUGCAUUUUACAGAAAUUUAUUUAGAAGAACUGGCAAAGGUUUCUGGUGGGGAUCUGGAUGAAAGUGUGUUGUUGGUUGUCCUCAAACCUUUUGCUCAUCAUUUGGCUGCUGCUCGGGACAGUCGCAUACGAAGUCACAUUCGUCAGCAUAUUUUUAUCAGGCUGCUUGAACAAUCGUCUGUUGGCUUAGAUUUCCAGGAUAAAUUUGCAGCAUGGAGUAAGUUGGGUUUCCCUGGUGGAAAUAUUGAUGUAAUGGAGCGUGAUGAAGAUGAAAUUGAUGAUGAUGAUGCUGUCGAUGAAGAAAACGAUGAAGUACUUCAAAAUGCCAUCAAUGGCAAGGCUGCACUUGAUCCACGGGCUGGAAAAAUUGAUGUUGAACUACCACUAAUAAAUUUUGAUCCCAAAAUCAUUGUCAAAUUCCUUGAAGAAUUCAGAUAUAAAAAAUUUACCAAUGUUAAAACAAGGAAAGCUCUUUCAGAUCUCAUAAGUAAGUUUGCAAAACUAUCAGAAGGUGACUACCCCCUUGGUAUAAAGGAGUUACCUGAAAUACCGGAUGAAAGAAUUGAAGAUUUAACAGAAACCGCAGCAGAAGAACUUUGCGAGUUCAAAACCCAAUUACAAUUUGCAAACUCUGAUGAUGAAAAUGAGGAUGAUGAUGAUGAUUCAAAAGAGAAUGACGAAGAAAUGUCCCAGAAGCUUAAAAAGGAUUUAAAGAGGAAAAAAACUAUUACUAAGAAAAAUACAGAGCAGAAGAAAGCGCGUAUAGAGAAGAAGAAAGAAGAUUCAAAUGAAUUGAAUUCCAAAGUUAGCAAGAAAAAAACUAAAAAGGUGAAGGUUACUACUAAAAAGAAUCUGAAGAAAGCAAAGCUUUUAGAGAAAAAGGAUGAGGAUUCAAAAUCUGAUGUGGAUGCAGAGAUGGAAAAGAUUGCUCAGAUUGAAAUUUCACCAUCUGUAAGUAAUGAGCUCCCCAACUCAAUUGUGUCAGACACAACCGGGGUAGCACCUGAAUUAGCGACUCGUGCACUUUUACAACAUCUUGCACCACAUGUUGUUGGCUCCAAAAAGUUAAAAAGACGUGCAUCUUGUGAUGCCAAACUACAAUCAACUUCAGAAGUUACAGUAGAAACAAAUUCAGAGGUUAGUCCCUCUUCAUCCAAAUCUGAUCAUGGAAAAAAACUGAAGAAAAGAAAAAGUUUGGGCUGGGAUGAGCCUUUGCAAGAUGGGGAGUAUGAGAUAUUUAUUCCCAGAGAAAAAAUUGUAGCUCAAAAGAAAAGACUUUCUGCUGCCAAUGAAUCUCUAACAACACCAAACUCCUCGGGUCUUAAAGUGAAGAAUCCUUUUGCUAGUCCUGCCCUCGGAUCUAGUUCAAAAACACCUGGAAGCAGCAGUAAAAAAGUGAAUUUUGUGCUGCAAAAAAAUACUGCGCAAGCAACAUCAGAGUAUUUCAGAACUCUGAGAGAGAACCCUGAAAUUCCUUAUGAUGCCAACAAAGAACCAAAGCGGAGUGCCCUUAAACCAAGUCCCUACAGCAGCCCAGUGAAUCCCUUCUAUAAACGUAAGCUUAAAAUGUAAUGAUAAAUUCUAGUCCUUAUUUAAUUCCCAGCAGUAUAUUUGUCCAAAAAUUCUACAGACUAUGAGUUUACAUGUGUGUUAGUAAAGUGUCGCACAAUCAUCAAUUUUUAAACAAAAAGUUUUGACACAAGGGUUUCUUUCUUUGCCAUAUAUUUAGCACAAUAUUUAGGGAGUUUUUUUUACAGAACAGAUUUUAUUUUAUUAAUCAUGUAUAAAGAGCAAUGUGAGCAAUGUAUUCAAUAUAUUUGAAAGGGACAUAUCUUCUAAACAAUUCAAUUGUUUUUUGAUGUAUAUUUUUCACAAUAAAAAAAAAGAGACUUAAGUA